UCUCUCCAAAAAAACAGCUGACGAUGACGCUCGUGUCUGGUUUUUAACACGUCCGUGCGGCAGUUCGGCCGCUCUCUCGAGAGCCCUUCUCUCCCCGCGUCACCAUCGGCCCACGCAAGGAGAAGGGCAAAUAAAAAAAAACCCCGAGGGAAGAAGCCCGAGGUCCACGAGUGCCGGGGGUGCGACAGAACUUCAUCAGAAUGUUCGCGUUUCUGUUGCUAUUGUUGUGCGUCACGGCGCACAGUUCCCAGGCCGCGUCCGCACACAUCCACCAGCACAAGGCUGCCGGUAGUAAGGAACGCAUCGAGGACGGAGCCUUCGGGCCUGGGGUCAGCAAACACUACGGCGACGGCCAAGAGCAUCACUCCGAGUUCGAUCAUGAAGCCAUCCUCGGCAGCGUCAAGGACGCUGAGGAAUAUGAUAAGCUUCCCGUCGAAGAGUCCAAGAGAAGGUUGGGCCUGCUCUUGACCAAAAUGGACUUGAAUAACGAUGAGUUCGUAGACAGGCAUGAGCUUAAAGCGUGGAUUUUGCGUUCUUUCAAUAUGCUGUCUGAAGAAGAGUCAAAAGAGAGACUGGAAGAUGCAGAUGAAAACAGAGACGGUAAAAUAACUUGGGAGGAGAUUUUACAGGACUCCUAUUCUUCAGAUUUGGAGGAGCUCCCAAUAGAAGAUGAGACGUACUUAAAUGACAAGGAAACAUUUACCGUUGCCGAUCUUGACAACGAUGGGUAUUUAGAUGAGCAGGAAUUCAAAGCUUACACUCAUCCAGAAGAAACACCAAGAAUGAUAGAUGUACUUGUUAAUCAGGCACUCAGAGUAUACGACACGAACAAUGAUUCAUUCAUUGAUUUCCAAGAAUAUCUGCAGGAUAAGGCGGAAGGAGAAGGCAAAGAGUGGCUAAUUUCUGAAAAAGAAAAGUUCGAUGGGGAUUACGAUAAGAAUGCUGAUGGUAAACUGGACAUUGCCGAAAUGAAGACCUGGCUCAUCCCCAGUAGCGAGGAUAUUGCCAUCGAUGAGGUCAAUCACUUGUUUGGUGCAUCGGACGACGACCAUGACGACAGAUUAUCCUUUGACGAGAUUUUGGAACACCAUGAUGUCUUUGUGGGGAGUGAAGCUACUGAUUUUGGCGAUCACUUGCAAGACAUCGACCGUUUCCGAGAUGAGCUUUGAGAUUGGAUAAUGGAGCCCAAAUUUUGGAAAUUCUCAACUUUUUCGAGCCAUUACAAGAUCCCUCGUAAAAGGGCCUGUCUAAGAGCAUUUUUUAUAUUUGUCAAUGCCUGUGUUUUCUUCUUUAUUUAUUACGGUAUUUUAUUCCUGUAUAUAUGCGACAUUUAAGGACUUACUUUGGUUCUUGUUUUAAUAUGUUUUGUACCAAGAGCCUGCACUUACCUUCUAAAGCUAGAAAACAAAAAAGAUUUUGUCUUCCAAUGUACACAUCUAUCAUGUGCCAUAACUUAUUCUUGUCACUGGGGUAUUUUAAAUAACUUGCCUUUUCCAUGCUCAUAACCAGCAUAUCACUUUCAUAUAAGAAGGUACAAAAAUACAACAUUAUUAAGACUCUGGUUAACAUUAUAAACACAAAUGACUACAAUUAGUGGUCAAAUACUUAUUUGGCAUUGUGAGUUGUGUUAAAUUUUUUUGUCAACGUCCUUUUUGUAUUUAAGUUAGAUUAAGUAAUUUUAUUCAGAUUAAAAUACGUAUUUAUUGAUUAUAGGGAUACUUUUACCAUAAAAUAAAAUUAUAUUAAAUUUGUGGAUGCAGAGUAGAUAUCAAUAAACCCUUAAAGUACAACGAUGAAGUAUUUGUGAAUCUUCAAACUUUUUAAUACUCAGGUAUGACUAACUUUUACAACGCAUUUUAAACACACAGUUGAAAGUCUGUAUAUGAAAUUAAAUAAAUUACCAAUCAUGUUUUGACUUACCUCAUAUGAUUUUUCAAAAAUAUUGCCGUUCAUGCGCAAAACGUUCGUUGUUCUUGCAAAAGCUAUUUAUGUAUAAAAUAAAGUUUUCCAAAAACACGUUCAA